AUGACUGGACGCGGCAAAGGCGGCAAGGGCCUCGGAAAGGGAGGUGCUAAGCGUCACCGAAAGAUUCUUCGCGACAACAUCCAGGGUAUCACUAAGCCUGCCAUCCGUCGUCUCGCUCGUCGUGGUGGUGUGAAGCGUAUCUCUGCCAUGAUUUACGAAGAAACCCGCGGUGUCCUCAAGUCCUUCCUCGAAUCUGUCAUCCGUGAUGCCGUCACUUACACUGAGCACGCGAAGAGAAAGACCGUCACCUCUCUGGAUGUCGUCUAUGCUCUUAAGCGACAAGGCAGAACCCUCUAUGGUUUCGGUGGCUAG